AUGGCUUCCAACGCCGCAUUUUCGGCACACCAGCAAAAAGACGAAGCUUGCAAGAAACGCGCCCAACCAUACGACGACCGUAUUAGUCCUGGGGCGUGGGAACUACUUGAUUUCAAAAAGGCAACAUUUGCGCUUUUGAGCGAUGUCCAAGAUAAAUGGGCCAACAUGUGUCAAGUCCUCUUUCCGCAAGAUGAGGAGAUACCUUCGCCUUUUGACGACCAUCACAUUAAUGCUCGCUGGGAGAGGCUGCUCCCACAAUUUCUCCAUGAGGAAUUGACCAAAGAGCUUGACCCCGUGCUGGCCCCGAUUAUAACAAGAAUCAAAGAGCGAAUCUCCAUAACUGUCCAAAUGUGUAAAGAGCAAGUCCAUCCGCAGCCCGAAGAACAAAAAACGACACCCUAUUUCUUUGGUUCAAACUCGAAUCGUCGGGAAUCUGUCAAGAACAGAACCACUAGCGCAAUUCGAAUGGACAAUAAUGCUGAAACCCUCCACCCACAUCAGAUGCUCUACGAACACAGAGUACCAAGUUCUUCUGAAGAAGCGUCUAAUGCUCCUGACCGGCCAAACCGCAUCACACUCCAGUCCUCCGACAACAGUAUCCGAAGCUUGAAUCGCUAA